GCCAGGCGCUCAAAGCGCUUGGAGCCAGCGCGGCGGGGCGAUCGCUGCGCGCAGCCCGCAGAGGCGCUGCGGCCAGUGCAGCCCAGGAGGCCCCGCGCAGAGAAGGAGGUGGAGAAGAGGCCGGCUUGCAGCCCGCCGCCCGCAGCCCGCCACCCGCCGCCCGCGCCCCCCCCUCCAUCCCGCCGCCGCCGCCGCCGUCCCCCCCUCCUUCCCCGCGGCGCCGCAUCUUGAAUGGAAACAUGGCGGUGCCGGCUCGGACCUGCGGCGCUUCUUGGCCCGACCUGGUGCGGACCGCUCGCCCCUGGCUGGGUCGCGGUCCCCGGCCCUGCCCUGACCCCCGGGGCCCAGCGUCCGGGCCCGCACGCCCGCUCUUGCUAUUGCUGCCGCCUCUGCUGCUUUUACCGCUGCUCACCGCCCCCGGCGCCUGUGCCUACAGCUUCCCCCAGCAGCACACGAUGCAGCACUGGGCCCGGCGCCUGGAGCAGGAGAUUGACGGUGUGAUGCGGAUUUUUGGAGGUGUGCAGCAGCUCCGAGAGAUCUACAAGGACAAUCGGAACCUGUUUGAAAUCCAGGAGAAUGAACCACAGAAAUUGGUGGAGAAGGUGGCAGGAGACAUUGAGAGCCUGCUGGACAGGAAGGUCCAGGCCCUGAAGAGACUGGCUGAUGCUGCAGAGAAUUUCCAGAAAGCCCACCGCUGGCAGGACAACAUCAAGGAGGAAGACAUCAUGUACUAUGACGCCAAGGCUGACGCCGAGUUGGAUGACCCUGAGAGUGAAGAUAUGGAGAGGGGCUACAAGGGCAGCGCCUUAAGGCUGGACUUCAUGGAGGACCCGAACUUCAAGAACAAAGUCAACUAUUCCUACACGGCUGUGCAGAUCCCCACAGACAUCUACAAAGGCUCUACCGUCAUCCUCAACGAGCUUAACUGGACAGAGGCCCUGGAGAAUGUCUUCAUCGAGAACCGAAGACAAGACCCUACACUGUUGUGGCAAGUCUUCGGCAGUGCCACAGGAGUCACCCGCUAUUACCCAGCCACACCAUGGCGAGCCCCCAAGAAGAUUGACCUGUACGACGUCAGAAGACGACCCUGGUAUAUACAGGGGGCCUCAUCACCCAAGGACAUGGUCAUCAUUGUGGAUGUGAGUGGCAGCGUGAGCGGCUUGACUCUGAAGCUGAUGAAGACAUCCGUCUGCGAGAUGCUAGACACGCUCUCUGAUGAUGACUAUGUGAAUGUGGCCUCAUUCAACGAGAAGGCGCAGCCUGUGUCUUGCUUCACACACCUGGUGCAGGCUAAUGUGCGUAACAAGAAGGUGUUCAAGGAAGCUGUGCAGGGCAUGGUGGCCAAGGGCACCACGGGCUACAAGGCCGGCUUCGAGUACGCCUUUGACCAGCUCCAGAAUUCCAACAUCACUCGGGCUAACUGCAACAAGAUGAUCAUGAUGUUCACGGAUGGGGGUGAGGACCGCGUGCAGGAUGUCUUCGAAAAGUACAAUUGGCCCAAUCGGACGGUACGCGUGUUCACGUUCUCUGUAGGACAGCAUAACUAUGAUGUCACACCCUUGCAGUGGAUGGCCUGUACUAACAAAGGUUACUAUUUUGAGAUCCCUUCCAUUGGAGCCAUCCGCAUCAACACACAGGAAUACCUGGAUGUGCUGGGUAGGCCCAUGGUACUGGCAGGCAAGGACGCCAAGCAAGUGCAAUGGACAAACGUGUAUGAAGAUGCACUGGGGCUGGGGUUGGUGGUAACAGGGACUCUCCCUGUUUUCAACCUGACACAGGAUGGCCCUGGGGAAAAGAAGAACCAGCUAAUCCUGGGUGUGAUGGGCAUCGAUGUGGCCUUGAAUGACAUCAAAAGGCUGACUCCCAACUACACACUUGGCGCCAAUGGCUAUGUGUUCGCCAUCGACCUCAACGGCUACGUGUUGCUACAUCCCAAUCUCAAGCCCCAGACUACCAACUUCCGAGAGCCCGUGACCUUGGACUUCCUGGAUGCGGAGCUGGAAGAUGAGAACAAGGAGGAGAUCCGUCGCAGUAUGAUUGACGGCGACAAAGGCCACAAGCAGAUCAGAACCUUGGUCAAAUCCCUGGAUGAGAGGUACAUAGAUGAAGUGAUCCGGAACUACACCUGGGCGCCUAUACGGAGUACCAACUACAGCCUGGGGCUGGUGCUCCCACCCUACAGCACCUACUACCUCCAAGCCAACCUCAGCGACCAGAUCCUGCAGGUCAAGUAUUUUGAGUUCCUGCUUCCCAGCAGCUUUGAGUCUGAAGGACAUGUUUUCAUUGCUCCCAGAGAGUAUUGCAAGGACUUGAAUGCCUCGGACAACAACACCGAGUUCCUGAAGAACUUCAUCGAGCUCAUGGAGAAAGUAACUCCGGACUCCAAGCAGUGUAAUAACUUCCUUCUGCACAACUUGAUUCUAGACACGGGCAUUACACAGCAGUUAGUGGAACGUGUGUGGCGGGACCAAGAUCUCAACACGUACAGCCUGCUAGCCGUAUUUGCUGCCACUGAUGGUGGCAUCACACGUGUCUUCCCGAACAAGGCAGCUGAAGACUGGACAGAAAACCCUGAACCCUUCAAUGCCAGCUUCUACCGCCGCAGCCUGGAUAACCGUGGUUAUAUCUUCAAGCCCCCACACCAGGACUCCCUGUUAAGACCACUGGAGCUGGAGAAUGACACCGUAGGCGUCCUCGUCAGCACAGCUGUGGAGCUCAGUCUAGGCCGUCGCACACUGAGGCCAGCAGUGGUGGGUGUCAAACUGGACCUAGAGGCUUGGGCUGAAAAGUUCAAGGUGCUUGCCAGCAACCGUACCCAUCAGGACCAACCUCAGAAGCAGUGUGGCCCCAGCAGCCACUGUGAGAUGGACUGCGAGGUUAACAACGAGGACCUUCUCUGUGUCCUCAUUGAUGAUGGAGGAUUCUUGGUGCUGUCAAACCAGAACCAUCAGUGGGACCAGGUUGGCAGAUUCUUCAGUGAGGUGGAUGCCAACCUGAUGCUAGCACUGUACAAUAACUCCUUCUACACAAGAAAGGAAUCCUAUGACUAUCAGGCAGCCUGUGCCCCUCAGCCUCCUGGCAACUUGGGUGCUGCACCCCGAGGUGUCUUUGUGCCCACCAUUGCAGAUUUCCUUAACUUGGCCUGGUGGACCUCUGCUGCCGCCUGGUCCUUAUUCCAGCAGCUACUCUACGGUCUCAUCUACCACAGCUGGUUCCAGGCAGACCCGGCAGAAGCCGAGGGCAGCCCCGAGACGCGUGAGAGCAGCUGCGUCAUGAAACAGACCCAGUACUACUUCGGCUCGGUGAACGCGUCCUAUAACGCCAUCAUUGACUGCGGAAACUGCAGCAGGCUGUUCCACGCGCAGAGACUGACCAACACCAACCUUCUGUUCGUGGUGGCCGAGAAGCCGCUAUGCAGCCAGUGCGAGGCUGGCCGGCUGCUACAGAAGGAGACACACUGCCCAGCGGACGGCCCGGAGCAGUGUGAGCUGGUGCAGAGACCGCGAUACCGAAGAGGUCCGCACAUCUGUUUUGACUACAACGCGACGGAAGAUACCUCAGACUGUGGCCGCGGAGCCUCCUUCCCUCCGUCACUGGGCGUCUUGGUUUCCCUGCAGCUGUUGCUCCUCCUGGGCCUGCCGCCUCGGCCGCAGCCUCAGGUCCACUCCUUCGCUGCCUCUCGCCGCCUCUAAGCGACCCACACACACACAUCAUACCCCCGCCUUGGCCUCCUAGCCUUUCGCUCACCCUCCCAUUCCACAUUCCCCAAUCUAGAGCCUUGGCCACUCCUUCCUGAAGGACCUGGGCCCCUUCCCCCGGAGCCUGUGCCUUGGGGCAGGGGAGCCCCAAAGUAAGGUGCCAUGGUGUUUGGCACUCAAGAUUUAGCUCACCCUUAAACUGUCCAAGUGCCCGAAGUCCCUGGACUCAUCCCCGGGGGCUGGGACAGGAGGCCACUAGUACCGAUGCCAAACCAGGCCUCCACCAACCCACCUGCCUGGAGAUUUCCUCUAUAUAGGCAACCCUGCCACUGCUGAGCGCCUCUAACCGGCCCUCUGGCCCCACCUAAGCCCAAACAUACCUUCUCUGGGGAAAAAAAAGAGAUAGAAGGAGAGAUGGUAGUGGUGAGAGAUUGGGGGGGGGACACCCCCUCCCCAUAGGCUUCUCGACCUUUCAGGCUACAACACCCCAGCCUUGCAGGUGUCAAGGCAGUCUAACAAUGAUAUCAGUUAAAAUACACCCUAUAUACACCUGGACCUCUGAGAGCGGACCACCGUGAGACUCUCACUAGACAUACCUGUGAGGAAACACAGUCAGACGUGCACCGUGGCGGGGCACACAAAGCCUUAUACUGGGCGGGGGUCAGUGAAGGGGUUCGCUUGUGUCUCUCACCUCCGCCUCUACUCUGAGAUGCAGCCUGGCUGGUCCUCCCAUCUCUAAAACUGAAUGUCAAACCGUGCCAAACGCUGGGGGAAGGCCUCUCUGUAUCACCCCUAGCCUAGCCACCAGUGUCCCCAAGUGCCCCUCCCCCUGCCAGGUGCUCAUUGUAAUCACUGCUCACCAGUGUCAGGCCCCUAGCAGGACCACACAUCACUGCCUGAAUCCCUUUGGCAGAAGAACCCUGCCAGACAUCAUACUUUGCCUUAGCAGGGGUGACUUGCUCUCUCCUGGCUGGGCCAUCCCAUCCGCAAUCUGGUUCUUACAUGCUCAGGCCUAAUUCCCUCUGUACACACACACACACACACACUCACACACACUCCCUGCCCCUAGGAGGCCAAAUUGCCCCUCCCUUAUUGAACACACACUUGCACCAAGCACAUGUCUCACCAACCACACUGCACACACAGAGGCUGGGCCCAGGACACAUCUCUUCACACUGUUCAUUCUGUCAUUUCUCCCAAAGGCAUCGUAACCUGGGGGCCAGGAGGGGACUGAGGGCAGGGGGGGGCAGGGGUGUAGCCAUGAGGCUCAGAUGGACUGGGAGGAGGGGGGAGGGUGAUACAUUAAUUAAUGGCUUCGUUAAUUAAUGUCACGUUGCUUGUUGCUUUCUCAGUGUGUGUAUGGUCCAUGCCCAAUGCUGGUGACAGGGUGGGUGCCCAUGAUGGGUCCCCAGCCUGGAGGUCAGCUGUGUCCUGUGGGGGCGCGUGUGUAACUGUAGUGUAGUCAGGUGCUCAACGGAGAAUAUAAACAAAAAAAAAGGAAACAAACGUAUACAGAAAAAUAAAUAUAUAUUUUAAGUUUAAAAAGAAACAAAACCAGACAGAACAAUCCCCAUCAGGUAGUUGUCCAACCCCCAGCUGGGUUCAACCCUCUCAUCACCCACCUGACCUAGCUGUCCCCUCACUGUGUCACCAUGGGCUGGGGGACUUGGGGGCCAUUUCCUUUGCCUUUUUUUUUCUUUUUGGUUGUUCUAUUUUGUACAGACAAGUUGGGAAAACAACAGCGACAAAAAAAAAGUCGAGAAACUUUGUAAAAUAUUGUGUGUGUGAUUCCUUGUAAAAUAUUUUCAAAUGGUUUAUUACAGAAGAUCAGUUAUUAAAUAAUGUUCAUAUUUUCACUUCAAACCA